CAGAGGAAGGCAAAAAGCUGCAAAUAUGACAAACGUAGCGCCGGUAAAGUGGGCUCAACGCUCUGAUUCCAUCUACGUAACGAUUUGCCUGCCCGAUGUGACGGACGAAAAGAUAGAAUUGGGCACCAACUCCUUGGAUUUCAAGGGGAAGAGCAACGGGAAGGACUACGAGUGCCACCUGGAGUUCCUGCGGACGGUCAAAAAGGACGGGUCUGUGUGGAAAGUGUUGCCUCGGAGCAUUCAAAUCCUCCUAAAGAAGGAGGAGGAAGACACGGGCUUUUGGGAGCGGCUGCUCAAGGACAAGCAAUUGGAGAAGACGAAUGUCAAGGUGGACUGGGACCGUUACGUCGACGAGGACGAGGAAGAAAGCAACCCCAAUUUCGACAUGAGCAACCUGGAAGGGGGCAUG